GGCAUUACUGUGUGUCCUGUGCAGAAUGCUGAUACAGCCGGGGGAGCUCUGAACGUGCACAUAAAUAUGGACGUCAUUCACACGGGGGCGCAUCAAAUGUCAAACAUGCCAACGCCUGCUGCCGCCAUCACUCAGGCCCAGUCAGCUAGUGGCACCACCAGGAGCAGUAGCAGCAGUAGCAGCAGCACAGCGGCGACUGCUACUACCUCUACUGGCGGCGGCCAUACAUCCAACAGCCAGCAAGCCUCCGCUGGCAACGCAGCGGCGGGAGCUGGGCACGCGGCGGCUGCACGGCAACACAUGGAUCGCGUUCAACAGCACAUCCGGCAGCAGCACGCUACCAACCAGCGACAGCAAGCUCGUGAGUUCACCGAUUGUGCGUCGCACUACCUGUCGCAGGCCUCUCGACACCUUCAACUUCUGCAGGAAAUCCCCUCGGUGCACGCAACCGUCCAAGACCGUGUGCUUGAGCUUAACAUCCCUCCAGUCCCAGCGGCAGCCACCGCUGCUGCAAGCAGCUCUACAGCAGCGCCAGCCGGAACUGAGAACAGCGGCAGUGCUGACGUGGACGGACCUACACCGGCCAGUAGCAGUCACAGCACUAGCAGCAGCAGCAGCAGCAGCAGCAACACCACCACUGCCACCAGUAGUAGCAGCAGCACCACUAGCACAACUAGUGGUGCAGCAUCCGGCUCAAGUGCAACCCCAGGUGCUGCAAGAUCUGGGCAGGCAACAAGUGCUAGCUCCAGUGCAACUGCUACUCCAGCCACCACCAGAAGUGCAGAAUUAGUUGCUAUCCUUCGUCAGCAGAUGGUACCGUACCUGCGCUGUCUUGCUCCAGCCGUGCAGCAAUGCGUGGAGAUUCUCGAGAAUCCCAACGUGCAGGACAGCGACGCUCAGUACAUCUUGGACAGUGUCUUUGAGUCAAUUCACUCCUUGUCCCAUUCCUGUGCGUCACUAGCUGAUCUGGACGUGGACGUCGGCCAGCCAGCUCCGCGGCCGGUCUCCUCGUACAUGACACGCAGUGUGGAAAUGACGACGGUGAUGGCUAGUGUUGGUCCCGACGGGGACGCUAUAACCACCAACCCUGUUGUCUUGGGCGGUGAGCGUCGUUCUGCUCAAGGACGCGGCCAGCCGCGUGCAGCCCAGCGAACAUCGUCGUCAUCGUCUUCACCUUCAUCCUCUGCUGCUCCCACUGCCAGCGCAGCGUCUUCAGCAUCACAUCCGGCAACUACAUCUGCACCCAGACAGCAGAGUGCAGCGCCCACUAACAGUAGCAGCGCCGGCACUAUGCCAGCCGGCGGCCAGCCUGGCCAAGCACCUCAGCCCGGCCAGUUUCCUGCCUUCUUCAUGAUGCCACCAGCCGGUAUGCCCGGCAUGAUGCCAGGUGUACAAAUGUCCUCUUUCUCCACCGGUCCUGGUGGUCCUGGCGUUCCCGCUGCUCAUGCUAAUGCUCACCAACUACCCGCUGGCUUUGCACACAUGGCCAUGCAUAGUGCAGCCAUGGCAGCUAAUGCAGCAGCUAAUUCAGCAGCAACAGCAGCAGCCACUGCGGCAACGGCAGCAGCCACUGCGGCAACGGCAGCAGCCACAGCUAAUGCUGCAUCUGGUGUUCACCCGCCUGGUCCAGCUUCAUCAUCCGGCACUGCAGCUACGUCACAGAGCACACACGCCAUGCCAGCAUCCGCAUCUGCGUCGAACUCCAGCAGCUCCACCAGCAGUGGCUCGACACCAUCUCGUGCCUCGACAGCAGCCCCAUCUGCUGCAAAUGAACCGGCUGCUCCUAACCCCGGUCCCGGCCUAUUCCCAGGCAUGCCUAUGCCAAUCCCUAUGAUGAUGCCACCCGGUGCUCAUGGUGCUCAGCCAAUGGGCCGUUCGCCGGUGCGUCAUCAGACACGUGCACAAGUUGUACCGCCUGUUGCGGGAUCCUCAAUGAUCAACAUGUGCCCACAUCCGCGCCAUCGAAGCCUGGAGCCCGAGUCUAGCCCGGCCGCACAACCACAUGCGCAUGUUCACAUCAUACCUGGUAUGCCGAUGGGUAUGAUGCCACCAGCAGCAGGUGCUGCCUUUGGCGGCGUUCCCAUGCCUGGACAACACAAUGCUGGUGUACAGGGUCAGGGGGGUAGCGCACCGGGACAGCCCAAUGUACAUCAUGUGUUCUUCCGCCGGGGACCGGAUGGUAAUAUGGAGCCUGUGCCAGGUGCUGCUGGUGUUGGAGGUGCUGCUCCUGCUGGCACUGCUGCUGGUGUUGCUGGUGCUGCGGCGAUGAUGCAGCAUAUUGCCGCCGCCGCUGCUGCUCAUGCUAGUGCAACGGCACCAGGUGGUCAGAAUCCUGCUCAACGGCAACAGGCUGGGUCACGCUCUGCUACCAAUCCAUCUACUGGCCAGCCUCAGCCAUCGUCCUCUUCGUCUUCAAGCAACCAGCACGGUCGAGUGCAAGUGCCAGCAGCGCUAAUACAUGGACUGUACCAGGAAGCCAGUAACCCACGUGAAGGUGUGUCAGUGCACGAUGUUGUUGUUCAGCUUAGUCAAGCCGACUCUCCUAUGGAGGACGAGGAGGAAGAGGGUCCAGUUGGUGUAUUGCUCUCUGCCGCAUGCCGCCAUUUGUCCAUGCCAGACUUCUUGGCCAUCACCCAAGGUGAGACAGCUCCACUGGUACGAAUUGCCCCACAAUUGCGCCAGGCACUGUACAAUGACAUACUGCAUGGCGAGCCCUGGACGGAGCACUCACUGCAGGAAAUUGCCAACCAUGUCUCUUCAGACUGUGAGGACAUGGUCCGGGAAGCCCUGGUGGGUGUGCCGACUCGUACAGCAGUCCGCCUCUGUGAAACUACCCUGCAAGAGAUCCGACAAGUGGCAGUAGUGUUCUUCCGAGGCCUGCAUGAGACCGACCCGUCUGCAGCCGAUUACUAUGAGCGCGUUUGGUCGCCUGUUCAUCGUGAGAUGGGGAAUUCCCUGUCUGUAAUGGCACACGGCCUGACGCAGGGCACGGCAAGUUUGCACGUUGUUCUGGAGCGGCUUCUUCAGUAUAUGCUUGACUUGCAAGUUGAGCAUCAGUCCAUGGCGAUGAUGGCGCCAAUGUUCUACGCCACCGUCAUGCGUGGCAUUGUGGAGCGCUUGCUUGCCUCGUCGGCUCUGACCGGUGCGGAGAGGGACGCGCGUCUGAUCAGGGUAUCGCCCACCACCAGUGCAACACCUACCAGUGCUCCUCCUGCUGCCGCCACCGCCGCCGCCAAUGCAGCUAUUGCUAGAGCCAGCUCUAGUACGCAGCAACCUGCCAGGAGCAGAGCUAGUACCAGCAGCAGCAGCACCAGCAGAACCGGAGCGGCUGCACAGCGCACCCCGCUGUCUGGCAGUUCCUCUUCAGUCAGCACAGGUUCAUCAGCCACAGCACCAACACCAAUUGCAGAGUCGUCUGGUCAGCCUGAGCAGGACAUGGCCAGCGAAAGCGCACCAGCUGCUAGUGCCACACAGCGACGGGAGCAGGGACAAGAAGAAAGCAUGGAGGAGGACUGGCAAGAAAUGGUACCAGCUAGUUGGAUUCCUGUGAUAGCUGAAGACAUUGUCAGACAGAGGCUCACUUCAUCUCGACGCCCACACAGUGAUGCCUACUCCAGUACCAUGGCCAGUAGCAAGCGCAGAAAGACAUCCACUACUGGCAGCACUGCGAGCAGUGAUACGGCCGGCAGUGCAGAUAGUGACCACCCAUCGUCGGAAAAGCUGCCAAUGGCCUUGCGCAAAGCUAUUCGAGAUGCCGGUGUUGAGCCAAUUACCACUGUGAAUGACGUGCUGGCAAGCGCUACAUCCGACACGGGUCUGCAGCAGGCAUAUGAACCCGCCCUUCAGAAUCUGGUGGCGGAGCGACUCCAGACGGAUGCGGACUACGAUCCACAGCGCUUUCCCAACUUGCGUUCCCUUUUCGGUUAGGAUCUCCACUGGUCUUUCACCUUUAUUUGAUUUCAGGUUGCAGAUGACCGGAACAAACAAUGCAUAAGGUUUGUUUUCCUGAGUUAUGUCACAACAACUACCUGUGUAAGUCUAGUCUAGAACAUGUUGCAGCAGUCUAGUUUUGCAGGCUAUUUUGUGGUGAGAGUAAUGCUAUUUCUUGCUCUUCAUUGCUCUAGCCGCACCCGCACAUCAUUUUAAAUAUAGGCAUAUUGUAUCAUUUCAGUGGAGUCUGCCUUCACGUCCCAAGAAAGCUUCACAGUCCAAGAAGUGAACAAAAUCUUCCUCGUCUCGUGUUGUGACAAGAUUUCACUUCAAUCAUCCCCACACCAUACACACCAUACACACCAUACACACCAUACAGCACACCAUACACACCAUACAGCACACCAGCAUACAGCUGUAUUUUGGCAUUGUUAUAGAAUUUCUAUCUCCAUUUCUGUUGUGCUCCCAUUUACAUUUAUGUCACUGCAUGCAUGCACGCACACCUACCUGUACACGAUGGAACUUUUUUUGCAUGCUUGGCUCAAAACAAGAAAAAUAAUAAUGUUAUCGCCGCGCCGCCUAUCGAUAUAUCGUGACCCAUGCUGCCACACACAUGCGUAUCUACACGUGGAUCAAUCAGCUUGCAUGGCUGCCAUGAUUACUAGCUUUCAGUUCGAGUUCAAUCAGUUUCAUGGUGCAUGCAUGUGGGUUGCAUUGGAGAUGCAAGUGACCGUAUGCAGUUAGUCCUGCUAGAUUGA